CAAAUUCUUCAAGCCAACAACAACGCUUCAAACUUAAACUUGAUAAAAUAGAGUUGCACCAGAGUGUUUCUGAAUCUCAUGCAAAAAAUGCAGCCGAUGAUGAGGAAACACAGGAAAAGAUGGAACCAGAAGAUGAUGAGGGCAGUACGACUGAAGCAUCAAGCAGUGGACAAAUAUCACAAGAUGAUACCGACAUUAACCCUACCUCAUCCCAUGAACCACAGGGGGCCACAUCACCAGAAAAAGUACCAGAAGUUAUGAAUGAAAGAAAAGAUUUUCGUCAUGUUCCAGAAAUUUUUGGAAAUUUACAGAUAGGUGCAGAAGAUAUUUCAGAAGAUCCAGAUAAAAAAAUAUCCAUGACUGACUUUGCAGGACAGUGUUCAUAUUAUGCCUCACACCAGAUUUUUCUGAGUCCUCGGGCGUUCUUCAUUCUGGUGCUGAAUAUGGAGAGGAAGUUUGAUGACAAGGUUGGAGAAGAAGUGUGUUGUCAGGAAGGUUCUGUUUAUGGGGGAUGGACACACAGAGAUUAUCUAGAAUUUUGGAUGAAGUCCAUUCAUCAAUAUGGCAGUGAUAAGGCUCCUGUCAUCCUGGUUGGUACACAUUGUGAGAACAAAACAGAAAAGGAAAAAGAAUUGUUUUUCCGAGAAGUAUGGAAGACUCUUGACAUGAAGAAGAAGUCUUUGCAAAAACAUAUCGAUGUGAAACGGCGAUUUGCGGUCGGAUUCCAUGAGAAUGAAAGCCUUGAAAAACUAAAGAUGUCCAUUGCUGAUGUUGUAUGCAAGCUUGAUCACUGGGGUGAAGAGCUUCCACAGUCAUGGGCUAUGUUUGAAACAUUCUUUCAGGAAAAGAAAAUUCGCAAAAUUUUGAGUAGGGUUGAACUUCAGUCUUUUAAUGAAACAUUGCCAGAGGGAAUAAAGCUCCAUACUAUUGAAGAUAUGGAUGCCAUGCUGCAGUUCUUCCACGACAUCAGAGAACUUAUGCACUUCAAUCAACAAUUCCUCAAUAAAGUUAUUAUCCUCGAUGUUCAGUGGUUUGCAGAUGCCUUUAGAAAUGUCAUAACAGAUAAAAACCAUGCACAAGAAGAUUUAUUUAAUUUUGCCUCAGAAUGGGACAAAUUCAAUGAAACUGGAGAAUUAGAUGAAGCACUGCUAUCUGCUAUAUGGAGAAUGAACAACAAUGGUUACCUUGAACACAAAGAGGACAUCAUGAUGUACAUGGAGAAGUUAGGACUCUUAGCUAAAAUGAGCGAAAAAACAUGGUAUGUCCCGUGUAUGAACAAGAUGCAAUUUCCAGUGGACUGCUUCUCAUCAUACCCUGCCUCCUCCAUCCUUUGCUACACGUUUGAUGUUCUUCCUGUGGAAAUUUUCCAUCGCCUUGUAGCUACAUGCAUGCAGAUUCCUAAUUGGGAGAUUUUUACAGAUGAAGAAAGAGGAUGCAUUUACCAGACUGCAGCUAUUUUCAUGUUUCAUGACCAGCACCAUAACAUCAUGCUUGGAAUGACUCAAACAGAAAUUCAGGUCCAGGUGUUUGUUGUGGAGGGAGAAGUUGAUGUUUUAACCUGUCACCAGAUUAGAGAAAACAUUGAGCGUAUAUUACACAAUCUCUCCAACACAUUCCAGAAAAACUCGGAUUUCCAGGUUGCCUUCAAGUGCAAAUCUACUGGUUUUUGUGACAGCAAAGAAAGCGCUGUCAUUAGUGAAUCAAAGUUCAUCAAAGACAUUUUUCUGUGUCCAUCUUGUCCAGCAAGCAAAAAACAUCGUAUCAUUAAAGAAGAUAUAACAAAAUAUUGGGAACAGACAAACCAGAGUAAUCCUGGAACUUCCACAGCUUCUGGACAAGAUCUAGAAGGUCGAUCCAGAUUUGCCAAACUUGGAAUGGCAACGAACGAUGUCUUAAAUCAGGCCUACAGAGAUAUUCUAAAGUCAGAAGUCCCUCCCUCUGAUAUUGAAAACAAGGUGAAUUCAUUAUCAAACAAAGAAAGGAAGAAUUUAAAGUUGAAUCCAGAUCAAGAAGGUCUUUUGAAAACAGCAAAAAAUACUGGAUAUAAAGAAUUCGAUAUUUCCUUUACAUACAAAAUGAUAAGAAACAUUUGUUCAACGAUCCCCAAACCAACAAAAGGAAAAUGGGGAGAAGAGCCUGCAGCAGGUGAGGUGUCAGUGGGUGAUGAUAUCGAAAGAAUAAGGUUUAUACGAAAUAGAUUGGCGGCACACGUGAGCUCAGCUUCCACCCCUCAGAAGGAUUUCGAAGAUACCUGGUCAUUGAUGUCAGAUAUCUGUCAAAGAUUGGAAGCCUUCACUGGAAAGAAGUACUUUGCUGAACUUAAGGAUAUUGAAAUGCUGACCUUGAAAAGGGAAGAUGAAGAAUCUAUUAUACAAAAGCUUUGCCUGGAACAUCACGAAAUGUUAAAGACUCUCAUGUCAGAUAUGCAAGAAGUCAAGUUAGAUGUAAAAGAUAUUAAAAAAGCAGUUAUGAAGCCAGAGAACACAGGUGCAAUGAACAAUGCAUAAGACCUACAGUGAAAAUCUUCAGUAAAUACAUGUAUGCAACUUCAAUGCUUAUCUCAGCGAAUUUCUCAUUGACAUCAUUGAUAUUUUGCAAUAUACACCGAAGUAGGCAUGAGAAUUGGCCAUCCAAGAAUGCUGUUGAAAUUUAAAGAUAAAUGUGAGGUUUUCGAAGCGUUGCCUUCUUUUUGCGGUAUGGGAAAUUCGUGGGUACAUAAAAAAAAUAAAUAAAAAGCUGGACAAUUUUGAAAUUUUCAGAAGAAAAUCUUCACCUAAAAUACAGGUUGUUUAUUCGUUUAUCAUUAUUUUUAUUUUUAUUAUUAUUUUAUAAUCAUUCAUUUUUUUUUUUUUUUUUUUUUGGCUCAAAAGAUUUCCUUAUGUUAACUAUUGCUAAAUAUCUUUAGUCCUUCGUCGUCAAUCAUGCAUCGGUUUUAAAGUUUUGAAUAUUUUCAGCUUCCUCUACCUUGCUGAACCAAUCUAAAAUUUGGCAUGUAGAUUUAAUACAAGAAGAGGUUCAAAAUUAUUAAUUUUAUGGUCCCUGUCCCUUCCCCUUCGGAACUUGGGAAUUAAGCUAGAACUCUCACUUUUUAAAUCUGAUUAUGUACUUUUGGAUAUCAAGCAGUCAAACAGUUAUUGUAAUUUUAAUAAGUAUUGAGCACGUAAUCAAAAUCGUGAAAUUCAUGGCCCAGGACUUUGGACUGAGGAUGACGCUCUUGUGAUGAUGUACAAACUGUAGUGAAAGUGCACAUAUGUUCUCAGUCGCUCUGCAUAUUAAGAAGAUAAGGUUAAUUUAUAAUGUGGAGCAUGUUUGCUUCCAUAUGUCUCCAUAUGAGUGAAAAAUUCUUUAAAGGGACGUUAAUAGGAACAGUCAAUCAAUCUAAACUUCGAUUGGCAACAAACGAUGGGUCUAAUUCAAGGAAUCAGAGAUAUACUGGAGAUGGAGGUUCUUCCUACCUUUGUUUAUAAUUAAGUAAAAGCAUCAACAAAUUCUCUCAUUGAUCUCAAAGAUUGACACAUUUGUUCCGCUAUUCCCAAACCAAGAAAAGAAAAUGGAGAGUGGAGCAUUCAACACAAAAAGAAACAGUGGGAGAUGAUAUCGAAAGAAUUGGGUCAAUUCAGAACAAUUGACGUGAACUCAGCCUCCACCCCUCAGACAGAAUUUGAAGACACCUGGUCAUUGAUGGCAGAUAUUUGCCAAAGUUGGAAAACUUUCACUCUAAAGACGUACUUGGAUAAACUUAAUAAAAUUAAGAAACGGACGUUAUAAGAAAGGAAACUGAUGAUGCUAUUAUUGAAAGGAUUAAAAUGGAAA